AUGUACUCGACCACAACGAAGAAGAAAGCGGAGGAAGACAGGCAAGAAGCCCUGCGACAACAAAUCGCGGCUCUCCAAGCCCAACUUACGGACCGUGACGGGUCGGAUUGCCCUCCUUCUCCCGAGCGCACACGACCCAACUCCGAGGUCUUCGUGCCGGAAACGCCUCCUAGUACGUACUCAGCCAAUCUACCCUCUGUUCUUACCUUACGUCUCUCAGAGAAGAGGAAGCGCGAAGAGCGCGCUACGCACUCGUCUCGUACGCUUCCUGCACGCCCUCCGACAUUCCCGCUCAAGCAGGACCAGCCACGGUCACUCGCACCUCCCGCAGAGUCGACGGUGCUGAGGGCGCUCGCUGAGGCCCACAAGCAGAAACAUCGACCAGAAGCGUCGGAUCCUGUCGCUCGUUCGGCGGAUUUCACGGGAGCCCCUCCGACUCCCGCCCCACCCCGGCCAGACUCGAACACCAGAGACGAGAACCUCGCUCUGGUGGAGGAUCUCCGGAUGGGGCCUUACGACCACAAGCCUCCAUUUGACGAUCUUCACUUUGAACGACCGGAGCCCACCUCAAACAUCCGACUCUCAUCCCGAGCAAUCCCGCACGCGCAGUUCCAAGACUACCUGCGUGGGCGCUACUACAUCUCCCCCUCGAAACUCUACUCAGUCGUACGCCUCCUCCCCAACAAGGCUGGCUACGACGUCCCCGUCGACGGCGACUGGCUCACUAUCGCCGUCGUCGCCGAGCGCGGCCCGAUGGACUACACCCAAGCCCCCGUCGCUGUCACGCGCGACGACGAGUUUGCCCGGCCCUCCACCGACGACGAGCGCAUGGACGCGCUCCCCGCCCUCGACGCCCCCGCGCAGCCGGGACCGUCACGCCCCGCACCCUUCCAGCGGCGGGGGCUGAAGACCGAUGGCGCAACGCCGACCUGGGGGAAAAAGUACAUCAACCUGCGUCUCGUCGACUUCGGCUGUCGCUCGCGCGGCGGCGUCGACGGCGGGACGGCGAAGAUCCGCGGGGACGCGUACCUGUCACUCCUCCUCUUCGAGGCCGACGGCGCGGACGACGUCGUGACCGACACCGGCGGCAAACGGAAGGUGUACCGCGGCGGGAGCCGGGGCGCGUUCGAGCGCAUGUCGAAGCUGCGCGAGGGCGCCGUCGUCGCGCUCCUCAACCCGCGCGUGCUCCGCCCGUUCCAGCGCGCGGCGUCGGACCCCCCGCACCCGACGGCGAACGUGCUCGCGCUCACGCCGGAGUCGGACGCGGCCGUCGCGGUCGUCGGGUACGCGCAGGACCUCGGGGCGUGCAAGGCCGUCAAGCGCGACGGGAAGCGCUGCGAGGCAUGGUGCGACAAGCGGGUGAGCGAUGUCUGCGAUUUCCACGUCCAGGCCGCGGUCGAGCGGUCGCGCGCGGCGCGGCCGGAGUUUGCGAUCGGGACGAGCGGGAUGUCGUCGAGCGCAGCGAGGAAGAAGCCGGCGUACGACCCCGCGCGGCAGUGGGGGCUCAAGCCCGAGCCGGGCCUCGGCGCGACGUACGUGGUCGGCGGGCACGUCGUGUCCGGCUCGACCGCGGACCCGGGGACGAUGUUCUUGGGGGAGAGCGUCGGCCGCGAGGCGCAGGCGCGGGCGGCACGCAAGCUGGCUGCGAAGGACGACGACGUCGCGCUGGAGCGACUGCUCGCGCGGGACAAGGAGGGCACUCGAGCCCUUGCGAGCGCACGAGAAUUUGCGAAAGCGCAGGCGGAGGAGGAGGCCGGGAAGGGCAAAGGCAAGAAGAAGUCGGCGCGCGCGAACUCCGACGACGAAGAGUCCGACGAGGAUCAGACGACGAGGAAGAGCGGGUAUUCGGCGGAGCUCAUCAAGCAGCUCGGCUUCGACCCCGCAAGCAAGGGAGGUAAGCUGACCACGGACGCGAACACGCACAGCAAGCUGGGCACGCUAGCCGCCCCAAAUUCCACGCGGAAGAUCGAGCUAGGUCCUCGCCCGGGGAAGAAACGAUCAUGUGUCCAGAAGCCACUCGACGUGUCCGCCGACGAACCUCGUGCGGACUCGGGUGUGGUUGUCCUGGACAGUGAGUCGGACGAUGAAGUUGAGCAAGAAGAGGUGAAGGCUUUCGGACACCCCAUAGGGCUUCUGGGAGAGGACGACAUGGUCGAUCUGGACCAGGAGUAA